GAAAUCUGAAAUACCAGAGAAAGAGAAAGAAAACGAGAAAGAGAAAAUAAUAUCAAAAAUAUCAAAAAAAUUGAAAAUGAUAUCUAAAAUACCAGAAAGACUGAAUAUCAUACUUGAAAAUGAAAGAAGAGAGAUUCAGCAAAAAGAAAAUGAAAGAAGAGAGACGUGUCUAGGGAUGUGUCUAGUAAUUCUAGAUGGUUUUCCUGAAGAGAUGAAAGAAAAUGAAAUAAUGAACUACUUAAAGGAAAUUCUGCUGCUUUUUCGAAAUGAUAAAGUAGUGUUUAAGUUUUUAAUCACUACAAGUAGAGAAGUGACUGAGCCUGAGACUGGGAGCGACAAGAAAGUUUUUAAGAUUGAACCCUUGUCUGAGCAUGAUUCUUUGUUCCUAUUGAAUUCGAAAGUCAAGGAAAAUGUUUCACGCCAUCCAGAUUUUGGAACAAUAUCUGAAGAAAUUGCUGAAAGGAGCAAGGGUCUGCCAGAUUCUGAAAAUUUGUCUACAAAAAUUGCUAGAAAGAGCGAGGGUCUGCCAGCUAUGAUCCUUAUGAUAGCAGAAGCCUUAAAUCAUAUUAAAGAACAUGAUUUUGAUUCGGGAGUUCGGAUGUUGAAAGGUGCUCUGGAAGAACCAGAAUCCGCGGGUGUAAAUCCACUACUGGGCUACGUGUAUGACAUGUUGGCUUGCACUGAUAUGGCUUUGAUGAAUUGUUGUUGGCAAAGUAGGCAACUAUUUCAUAAAUUUGGAGGCAUCAAUUAUGAGGAGUUGAUAGCUUGCUGGAUACUCGAGGGAUAUAUUGGUGUUAAUGAUCAGUUUGACAAGGCAUAUGAAGAGGGGCAUUGUGUUUUGAUGAAGCUUAUAGAUCGUGGCAUACUGAAAUUACGCGUAGAUGGUCUUGUUACCAUGGAAGGACUAGCACUUACUGUUCCUGAUGAGCAUUGCCAUGGUUGCCGGACGUCAAGCUUGGGAUUGGCUAGUGUUGCUGAUGAUCAUUGCCAUGGUCGGGGGAUAUCGAGACUGGGAUUGGCUAGUAUUCUUGAGUACGGAAAGGAGCUAGGCAUUGGGCGAGUUGCACCAGGGGAAGGCAUGAUAAAAACACCAUACGGUCCUAAAAGUUGGAACAAAGUUUCCACACUCUUGAUAGAUGGAAGUCGUUUCUCCGGGGAAGUCCUUGACACAAUGUUUCUUCAGCCCAUGAAGAAUCUCCAAGUUCUUGCCAUUUUCAAUCCCAGAUUCACGUCACUACCCAGGUUUUUGUCUGAAAAUACUAAUCUUCGCUUGCUUGUGCUCAGGGGCUGUGAUCAAUUGGAUAAAAUUGAUCAAAUCAAAAACCAUGAAGGUUUAAUCGUUCUGGAAAUAUCUGGUGCUAGCUCCUUGAAGAAUAUUCCAGAUGAUUUUUUCCUGAAGAUGAAACAACUUGAAAGCCUCAACCUCUCUGCAGUCCCGUUUCAAUCACUGCCUUCUUCACUUUCCAAGCUAACUAAACUACGUCGUCUCAUCCUUAAAGAGUGUUCUGAAUUGAAAAUACUACCAUACCUAAAAGAAAUACCACCAAACCAAAAACUUAAGGAAAUACCACCAAACCAAAAACUUGCCAACCUUGAGGUCCUUGACCUUUCUGGUUCUACUUCUUUGGUAAAAAUUACAGACAAAUGCUUAAAUCUUGAGAAACUUCAAAUGCUUGACCUUUCCCAAACCCAAAUUAACCAUUUGCCCAUUCUGAAAGAACUUAAAACACUCACUCGGCUCAUAUUAAAAAACUGCAAAUCCAUAACCAGAUUGUCCAAAUUUGAUUCGUUAGCUUCUCUCCAUAAUCUGGGUCUUUCUGGUUCUACUACACUGAAGCAAAUCCAUCAUGAUGAUUCCUUUAAAAACAAAGGUGGCCUCAAAGUCCUUGAUUUAUCUGAAUCUGGAAUUGAUAGUUUACCUUCCAGUUUUACAAACCUUUCUACUCUUGAGUCGUUUGAUCUUUCUGGUGUCUCUAAUUUGGUCAAAAUCCGAGAAAAUAUCUUUGAAGGGAUGACAUGUCUUCGUAGUCUCAACCUCUCAAACACUAAAAUUGAAGAACUGCCACCAUCCAUUUCCAAUCUUAAGAACCUUCGUCAGCUCCUUCUAAGUAAUUGCCCAUUGAAAACAUUGCCGAAAACGGGAGGGCUUACUAGACUUGAGAAAUUUGAUCUUUCUAAUGCCUCUAGUCUGGUUAAAUUCGAAGACGGAUCCUUUGACCAUUUGACUAACCUCCGCUAUCUCAACUUCUCAAACACCCAAAUUACAAGUCUACCAUCUAUAGCCAAACUCGUGAAGCUUCGCCAACUUUUGCUACAAAAUUGUGUAAACUUGUCUGAGUUGCCGUCCUUGGAUGCCCUUGAACAACUGGAGGAGCUUGAUCUAUCAGUAAAAGAAACAGAAAAUAAAUCCUCUCAAUCUUCUCAAGAACCUUUGGCAGAGCCUUUGAAAGAAACUGAGGCUAAGUCACCAGUAAAAGAAACAGAAAAGAAACCUUCUGAUUCUUCUGGACCUUUGACAGAGCUUUUGAAAGAAACUGAGGCUAAAUCACCAGUAAAAGAAACGGAAAAGAAACCUUCCGAGUCUUCUGGAGAACCUUUGGCAGAGCCUUUGAAAGAAACUGAGGCUAAAUCACCGGUAAAAGAAACAGAAAAGAAACCUUCUGAGUCUUCCGGAGAACCUUCGGCACCAGUAAAAGAAACAGAAAAGAAACCCUCUGAGUCUUCUGGAGAACCUUCGGCAGAGCAUUUGAAAGAAACUGAAGCUGCUAAAUCACCAGCAAAAGAAACAGAAAAGAAAUCCUCUGAGUCCUCUAGAGAACCUUCGAAAGAAACUGAAGCUAAAUUAUCAGUAAAAGAAACAGAAAAGAAAUCCUCUGGAUCUUCUGGAGAACCUUUGGUAGAGCCUUUGAAAGAAGUUGAAGCAAAAUUCUUGGAGACUAUGGUCCACCUUAGGCUGCUCAACCUAUCAGGAACAAAACUUAAGAUUAAGAUACCUCUAAUGUCCAACCUCACCGGCCUCACCAACCUUACCGAGCUUUGCCUAGGAGGUUGUAAACUUUCAGAUACUGUUCCAAAUUUGGAAAUGUAUACAAAGCUAAAUGUUUUGGAUCUUUCAAAGACAGAAAUUCAAUCUUUACCAUCACUUGAGAAUCUCACCAAUCUCCGUGGUCUAAAGUUAAGAGGUUGUAAAAAAUUACAGCAACUACCAGAUCUGAAGUCAUUUAAAGAUUUGGAGUCUCUUGAUUUACAAGAGACUGGGGUCAAAGAAUUUCCCUAUUGGAUCUCAGAGUUGACUCAUUUGAAGCACCUUGAUUUACCAGACUUAAAUGAUCUUAAAACACUUGAUUGGGAGAUGAUAAAGAACUUACCAGAGGAGCUAAACUGGGAUCAUUGUGGAAUCUUCAAGUUCAAUGAAAAGAGGCCUUGCAUGUCAUUGAGUGGCACUGAAUUUUUCCAAUAUUUGAAGGAAAAUCCUGAGUUAUGGAAGACAUAUUUCGAAGAAUUUAAAUUCUCUGUUUGUGCUCUUACGAAGGAAGGGAAAGAUUCUAGGACAGAAAAGAAGAAAGACAAAGCUUCCAUCCAACAAAAGAAGGAAGACAAAGGUUCUAUCCAAGAAAAGAAGGAAAACAAAGUUUCGAGCCCAGAAAAUAAGGAUGACAAAGCUUCUAGCCAAGAAAAGAAGGAAGACAAAGCUUCUAGCCGAGAAAAGAAGCAAGACAAAACUUCUAGCCAAGAAAAGAAGGAAGACAAAGCUUCAGGGCAAGAAAAGAAGGAAAACAAAGCUUCAGAACAAGAAAAGAAGGAUGACAAAACUUCUAGCGAAGAAAAAAAGGACGACAAAACUUCUAGCGCAGAAAAGAAGGAAGACAAAGGUUCCUGUAAAGAGAAGAAGGAAGACAAAAGUAAAGAUAUCAGUUGGCAUAGAGUUGACUCGAGCUUCAGAAAAAUCUACUUCCAAACUCAUUCUUUUCCUGAAAAUAUUAGUAAGUAUUUGGAAAUCAUUGGAUUUGACGAGUAUCCUGGUGGUGUUGAGGAUGUGCUCAUGAAAGCCGAAUAUGUGUCUUUGAUUGAAAAUGACUUCGUCAAAAGCUUAUCAAAUUUAGGUGUGGGCAAUUUGAAAGAAAUGAAGGGCUGCUGGUUGGAGAGGUGUAACGAAAUGGAGACAAUAUUUUGCAGAGAAGAGGCAGAAGUUGAAAUUCAGAAAAAUCUAAACAUUCUAUGGGCAUCAAACCUUCCUGAAUUGAAGAGUGUGUACAGUGUGGAAAUGCAACCUGGGAGUCUCCCAACUCUAACAGAACUGUAUUUAGAUUGUUGCCCGAUGCUUGAAGUUGUUUUUCCCUCUUCUCAGCUGCCAGAAAAUCUUAAAAUCCUUGAAGUCAAAUUCUGUGAUGAAUUGAAGACUCUGUUUAUGCCCACUAAAGUAGAAGAAUAUGAACAGCGCAAUUUACAGAAGCUUCAUCUGGUGGAACUGCCUAAGUUGACUAGCGUAGGGGUGCUAGAGGGAAGCAACAAUAAGAAAAGAUUCCCAUCCUUGAAAGUAAUCAAAGUCAGGGAAUGCCCGAAUCUGCAGCAGUACUUUGGAACAGUUCUGGAGUUGGGAGGAUCUGUGGAAAAUUCUAAGAUUGAAGAGUAUUGAUUGCAGUGCCAUUUCUAACGUGGCUUUUGGAAGGGUGGGAUAUGCAGCAAGUUUAAUGAGCGACAUCCUGGUGUGUGUCUGUGUGAUAGGCAAGGUCUCUCAAUUGUUACCAUCUGCAUUUUGCCGCUAACAGAUAUUGGGGAGUAGCAAGCUUAUUGAGCUAUCGUUGGUGUUGGCGUGGGUGUGUGAUAGGAGCUUAGUGCUAAUAUCAAUAAAUGUUACAUGUUGAAGUUUGAGUAACUUAUAAAAUUUGUAUUUGAGGAACUUCUACUUGUGGUAUGGAGUCUUGAAAAGAGUUUGGAUUUAUUUGCUUAGCUAUUAAAAUUAUUUGAGAUGAACAGUUAUUUGUAAUAAUAUUUGGUUUGGAUCAUUUCUAGGAGCAUGUUUUGGGGGAAAA